UUGACUCAGUGUCAUUCAAGACUUGGGUACCGACAGUCGAACACCGCUCGUUAACACAAUGGCGCCAAAAUUCAAGACUGAAAAAGUAGGGAUCGUUGGAAGCGGUCUCAUCGGUCGCUCCUGGGCGAUGCUGUUCGCAUCAGUCGGCUACCAGGUGACGGUGUACGACAUCGUGGCGAAGCAAGUUUCCGAUGCCUUAGAAGACAUCAAGCUGCAGCUCAAGACCUUGGAGAAGGACGGCCUGUUGCGAGGAACGCUCAAUGCUGAUGAACAGUUCCAGUGCAUCAAAGGGUCUACUGAUCUGGCCACCGCAGUAAAAGGCGCGAUCUUCGUCCAGGAAUGUGUGCCCGAGAGCUUGGAAUUGAAGAAGAAGGUGUUUGCCGAUCUGGACAAAGUGGUCGACGACAAGACAAUCCUGUCCAGUUCUACGAGCACCACCCUGCCUUCAUUGUUCUCUGAAGGGUUGAAGCAUAAGCAACAGGUCAUUGUCUCCCACCCAGUGAAUCCUCCUUACUACGUGCCACUGGUGGAGAUAGUUCCUGCACCAUGGACCACGCAAGAGGUCGCCAAGAAGACGAGGGAAAUCAUGCAGGAAAUCGGUCAGGAGCCGGUUUCUCUUUCCAGACAAAUCGAUGGAUUUGUUCUCAACCGCAUACAAUACGCCAUCUUGAACGAGGUCUGGCGCCUGGUUGACGACGGCAUCGUGGACGUGAAAGACAUUGACAAGGUCAUCUCCGAGGGCCUCGGCAUGAGAUACGCCUUCUUGGGCUCCUUGGAGACCGCUCACUUGAACGCUGAGGGCAUGAAGAGCUAUAUUGAACGAUAUGGAGAGACAAUCUACAGCGUCAGCAACACCUCUGGCCCGAACCCUCGCAUGACGCAGAGCAAGAGCGCGGACAGCAUCUGUCAGCAACUGAACGCGAUGGUUCCCCUCGACCGCUUGCAGGAGCGCCGCGCCUGGCGGGACGCCUGCCUCACCAGGCUCGCACUCCUCAAGAAGGAAAUGAACAAGAAGUACAAGCAAUAAAGUUCCUAAUUUAUAUACAGCUGUAGAUCGUUUUUGGCGGCUAUCGUCAAAUAUGAUCUAUGUAAGACUGUAAUAGUGCCUUGUGAGAUGCAUAUGGAUCAAUAAUUUAUUUAUCACACAAGCAUUUCAAGAGCGCUUUUUCAGUGUGAAAAAUACUAUAUUAAAUGCUGCAUUUCUCGAAAAUAAGAAAACAGCUAUUAAUAAUAGCAGCAGCUGUUUCUCAAUAAUAUUAUUAUCGUGCAUAAUGUACCUAAUACAUACCUACUUAUAAUGUUGUUGCUCCUAAAUAUACUACAAUAAUAAAUUGAAUUGUUUUAAAUU